AGGUGGGCAUUAAGUCCUAGCGAAAACUGAACUCCUAAAGCAAAGCUUGAGCAUUUGUCCAACUGCGACACCGCUCAACUCAAAGCCGUUCUUUUCACUCUCGCAAAGCGCAAGCACAAAGAACAAGCUCGCGAAAUAAAAAUUCAAUGGCUUCUAACAACAAUAGCAAGGACGAAACUUCUAUCAGCGUCCGCGCCGAACCACCCGCAUCCGACGCUCCUUCUCCUUCACCUCCGGCGACGACCGCGGCUAUGGCAGAACAAGUAACGGCGAAGCAAGAAGAGGGAGAAGAAGUAGAAGAAGAAGAAGAGGAAGAACUGGAGAUUAAGAAGGCGACGGUGGAGAAGUGGCCCGGGUGGCCAGGAUGCAACGUGUUCAGGUUGAUUGUGGCGGUUUCAAAGGUUGGGAGCAUCAUUGGACGCAAGGGAGAACUCGUGAAGAAGAUGUGCGACGAAACUCGUGCUCGCAUUCGCAUCCUCGAAGGCCCCCUUGGCACUCCUGAUCGCAUUGUUCUAAUAUCUGGAAAAGAAGAGCCAGAUUUCUCACUCUCCCCUGCAAUGGAUGCUGCUGUAAGAGUUUUUAAACGUGUGGUUGGUCUAUCAACUAAUGAAGGUGACGUUGCCGGGGGAGCAUUUUGUUCUAUAAGGUUAUUGGUGGCAUCUUCCCAAGCAAUCAAUUUGAUUGGGAAGCAAGGCUCAACUAUUAAAUCUAUUCAGGAGGCCACUGAUGCUUCUGUCCGGGUUUUAUCAGAAGAUGAAGUGCCAUCCUAUGCUUCUUCGGAUGAGAGAAUUGUGGAGAUACACGGCGAAGCAUUGAAGGUUCUUAAAGCAUUAGAAGCUGUGCUGGGACAGUUGAGGAAGUUCUUGGUUGAUCAAAGCGUCAUUCCUAUUUUUGAGAAAACUUACCAUGCAAAAAUAUCACAGGAGCGUCCGGUUGAUGCCUGGACUGAUAGAAGUCAGUCCUCACUGCAUUCUGCUUCUGCUCAUCAAACUGGGAUUGGUUCUGAUUAUUCCCUGUCAUUGAAGCGGGAUCCUUUAUAUGAUCGUGAAGCUCAUCUAGAACCCAAAAUUCCUGCAUCAGGACUGUCACUAUAUGGACAAGAUCAUGGAAUUGGAGCAAUACGCUCAAGUGGAGUUAGUCGUGCUGCUGCUCCUAUAGUUACACAGAUGAUGCAAACAAUGCAAGUACCAUUGUCCUAUGCAGAGGACAUCAUUGGUGUCGGUGGAUCAAAUAUUGCAUAUAUUCGCCGUGCGAGUGGAGCAAUCCUAACAAUACAAGAGAGUGGGGGUUUACCGGAUGAGAUUACGGUGGAAAUCAAGGGCACCACUUCACAAGUUCAGAUGGCCCAACAGUUAAUCCAGGAGUUUAUUAGCAGUCACAAGGAACCCGCACCAAGCAUAUACAGCAAGGUUGACACAGGGUUGAGUGCAUACUCCCAGUUGCCAGAGACCACGUAUAGUUCAACAUUUGCAUCAUCGCAUAUAGGAGGGUAUGGAUCGUCCGGUGGUGGAGGCUAUAGGUCCUCUUCCUCCUCCAAUUUGGGAGGAUAUAGCAGUUUUAGGUACUGAGUUGCCGUAAUGUUUUAAAUGUGCUGGAGCCAUUUUCUUUUAUUUCAGUGAAUAGAGAUACUUGGAACAAAUGAAGCUCUUUAUAUUUCACCAUUUAAGAUAUGUAUGGAAAUGUGACUGCGUGACUUUGAUGUGGAAA